GCGCACUGAUCAACACUUCCUCAUUGGGUCAGUGCGCUGCGCUCCAUCAGACCAUUCGCGUCUCCAACACAGCACACAGAGGAGAGAGACAGAGAGGAUGGAGCCGCACAUAAAGACAUGAGGAAUACUCACACCACCUCCAUCUUCAUCAUCACCUUCAUCCUCUGAAGCUGAAUCAUCACAUCAAACCGCGGAGAGAAGAGCUAAAGAGAGUGGUCACCAUGGGCUGCGUGGGCUCCAAGAAGGAGCAGGAGCCUCUGGGUAAACCUUCAGGGAGCGACGAUCUGCAGAGCCGCUCGCAGACAGCUCACUAUGUCAAAGACCCCACCACAGGAAGCAAAGCUAGCAAGAUGUCGUCCUCUGCAAACUCUUCAGAAGGUGAGAGCAUCGCCAUGGCGCUUUUCGACUACGAGGCCAUUCAUGAAGGAGACCUGGGCUUCAAGAAGGGAGACAAACUCAAGAUUUUAGAAGAGUGAGUUCACCUGUUUAACACUC